AUGAUUAAAUCGACGCUUUUAGAUAUUGCUGCCAUUACAGGCCUAAAACCGACUGGCGAAGUCUUCGACUGCGAAGCCGUAGCACCAGUCUCUCUAAGGUUUGACGUUGGUGAUUCUCACAAACCGACAUACAAUAACUUCAUUGAUCAUCAUGCUACAUCUUUGGGCCCUGUGACCACUGAAGAACAUGUAGCCUUUCUAACUCUUUGGCUAUCUCGCUUUGUGUUCUGCUCUAGAUCAAUGCAGAUAGCUAAAUACUUUGCUCUCCUGGCGAAUCAACUACAUCAAGAGCGUGACAUUGCUCUUGGCCAAUUAAUACUGGCCUCUCUUUAUGAUUCUGUAAUUGAGGUCGUCUGCCAAAUCAAACUCCUUGACCUUGAGAACUCAAAAAAGAAGAAUGUCUUGGCUCAUGGUCCCUUCUGGUUCCGACAAUUGUGGCUCAACGCAACUUUUUCUAAAGAUAUAACGUCUCAUGGGAUGAGAAGGGUCGCGUGUCCCCCAGAAGAGCAACACCUUCUUUGGAAGCGAACCCCCAUCGACAGAACCUUUCCUGAUAUCAAGGUGUUUCGCCUUUUGUUUGACAUCAUGUUAACUCGCGCCGACUUUCACCCCUCUAUGGCUCCUUUCAGUAGCCAGACUGAAGGUCCUGAAUGGCUCACCAGGGCUUUCCCUCUGACUGAAGAUGAACACAAGAAUGAAACUUUUGUUAUCUGGAGACGCUUUCGGGUCCCCCAGUUUCUGUCAGCUGUACUAUCCGGCGUUAACCCUGGACUAGUUGCUUACCAACCUAACUUGGUAGCCAGACAAUUUGGACUUUGUCAGUUUGCUCCCAAGUCCCUGUUUCCUUCUCUCGACAUACUUACAAACAUCCUUUGUGAUAAGCCCUGGAAUAUGGUCAAAGAGGAUGUUGAGGCCCUUUGGGCAAAACGACAAAGGCUCCAUUCUAUCCCGUUUCAACCAACCUUCCUCUGUACCAAAAAAUUUGAUGAUUGGUGGCAAUCAUAUUUUGCUGCUUAUGUUGGCGCUCCUGAGGCCAAAUUAUCUGAACUAACUCAAGCUCUUGUCCAUUUGCAGGCCAAAUCGACCAAGUCAAUCCCCAUAGACCCUCUGGAUCACGCUUCUGUCGAUGAACCUAUGAUUUCGACAAAAAAGACUCAAGCUACUCCUAAGAAGUCCUCUGAUGAUGAUGAGCAACCCAUUUCCCAAGUUUUGAAAAAAUCCAGUUCUUCGGUAUGCAACUAUAUGUAG